AUGCGCAAAUUAUCUCUACAACGCGUAUAUGGUUGCUCAACCGCUCAUCGGAAUAGCAUUAUUGGUUUGCCCGAUAACCGUGUUGCUUUUCUAGCUGGUUCAUAUUUAGUUAUACAUGAUUGUUUAACAAAUGAACAGCGUUAUCUAUCGUUUUCUGCUAUUGAACUUCUCUAUAUAUCAUCAAGUGGUUCAUUGAUGGGUAUCAUAGAUCGUUUUACACAAAACGGAGAUACACGUAUACAUAUAUAUUCAACAAAACCCGUCGAUUUACUUUUUGUUAUCGAACCAGAUAGGUUCGGAAGUUUUAUUGAAAUAACUAUAAAUAAAGAUGAUAAUUUACUGAUGAUUUUACACAAUGAGCCAGCAUAUAUGAUUACAAUUCAGGAAAUGAAAAUUGAAUUCGACGAACAACAAAAAUUCAGUAUGACUGAUUCAGCAUCAGUACAUGUUGUUCAUGGAUCUGUUUUUAAUCGUAUGAUAAAAAAAGAAAUUAUACCUCAUGUUUCAUUUGUUAGUUUUUGUCCGUAUUCGUCCAAUCUUUUUUGUGCGACUGGCCCAGCAUUAUUUAAGAUGUAUGAAAUUGAUAAUCAAAAUGUUAACCAACAAAUUGUUCAUUUUCGAGCUGAAUUUUACAUAUUUACAUGUCACUGUUGGCUUGAUAUUAAUAGUAUCUUAGCAGCUACUGAUCACGGACAUAUAUUUUGGAUUCACGAUGGUUCUAUUCGUUCAGAUAUUAAUCUCGAAGAAUCGAUUACUGUUGACUUAGAUUUCUUAAAAGCUUCUACAUCAAACGAAAACCCAACAGAACCGCUCAAAGAUGAUGCAUCACCAACGAGUAAUACUAAUUUAUCGUUGACUAACGACAAACAAGUGAAAACUCAUUUGGAUGAUUCACCGAAAAACGACAAAAUAUCAGAAGAAACUAUCUUAUAUCUUGAUAUUUUUACAUCGAACGAAAUUUUACCAAAUUUUAUAGUUUCAUUUCGAGAAUACAUACUUGUAUUUACUCCAACUGCUGCUGUUGAACCAUUCUUUCAAAUAAUUUCACGUUAUUGUCUUCACACAAGCAAAGACCAUCAAAUUGAUUUCGAAAAACAUAAUAUUCAUAAAAUGUCGUAUAUUUUUGAUAAUAAUCUUUCUUUAAUUUACUUGCUAACUGAUCGCAAUCAAAUUUUUCGUCUUAAAAUCAAUCAGUCCAAAGCUAAAAUCGAAUUCGAGGAAAAAUCUAUCUAUGGUUUUCAUGCCUACAAUAUAUUAUCUAUUGGUUUAUGUGCUCAUAAAUCUUGGUUAAUUACUCUCGGUGGUGAUAAUUUAAUAAAAAUCUUGGAUUAUAAAGAUAACGAUCGAGAGAUUGUAUCGAAAUCGAUUUCAGAUGAUGCAAAUGUAGUCACAGGAUGCGAUCCAUAUGGUUUUCAUCUAUGUCUAGCAAUGGACAAUCGCUUUCAAUUAUAUUUGAUAACAAAUUAUGAAUUACGUAUGUUGCAUCAAUUCGAAACACGUAGUAUACAAGGUUUAGAAAUCAGUCAAUCGGGACAUUUAGUAGCUGUUAUAGCAAAUAAUUUAAUAAAAAUUUAUUCAACAAUUCAUUUUAAAUUGAUAAGUCAAUUGCGUGGUCAUGUUGGAAAAAUAAAACAAGUUAGUUGGACUAGACAUGAUUCCGUUCUUAUUAGUUGUGGAACAGAUGGAAUGAUUUAUAUAUUUGAUAUUUUUACUGGUAUGAGAGAAGGUGAAAUAAUAACCAAACAAUAUCGCUAUGGAGGUCUUGCUGUAACAAAUGAUGGCGUUCGUAUCUAUGCAAUAGCAUCUGAUUCAAGUAUUAAAAUAUUUAAUAAUACAAAUUUUGAACAAGAAUGGCCCAUUGAAAAUGGUUUUAUUCCAUCAGCUAUUUGUUUAUCGAAAUCCGAACGUUUACUUUAUGUUGGUAUGACACAUGGCAUCAUUCGUGUUUAUACAAUUCCAUUAGUAGUUGAUGGUUAUGUUGAUUUACCAGCGCAUAACUCAAGUAUACGACGCUUAUUAGUAUCAUAUGAUGAUCAUUAUUUAGUAUCGAUUGCUGAAUCUGCUUAUAUACUUCUGUUUAAACAGACAAUUAAUAAUUUGAGUUCUGUUUCGAGUUCAUAUAAAUUUUCAAAAUUAUCAAGAGAAAAUGUAGACACUAUUAAUGAACCUCAAGCAAAACAGAUUAUGUUUGAAUAUAUUUUAGUCACAAAAUCAGAAUAUGAUGAACGACAACGAAGAAUCAACGAAAUUCAAACUAGCAUUAAUGAGUUCGAAGCAGAAAAUAAUUUAAAAUUAAGCUCAAAACAAAUCGAGUUUUCUCAGCACUUGAACAAUUAUUCAAAUAACUUUCAAGUGACUAUGAAAAAACUUCUUCUUACCUAUGAACAAUUAAAAACUGAAAUUGCCAAUGAUGAUUGUGACUUUUUCAAUGAAGCCAAUGCAAUAGAAGAAAGAUAUACAGCACUACAAACUCAUACUGAAGCUAUUUAUGAAAAUAAAAUGAUAGAGACGUUGUCUCAUAUUCAAAAUACGCAAUCUCAAUUAGAAGAACUUGAAAAAGAAUAUAACAAUAAAAUAAUUAAUUGUAAUAAUAAAGAAAAUGCGAAUCUAACUGAAAUAAUUAACAAAAUUAAUUUAACACUUCAAUCAGAAUGGCGUUCAGCUGUUCAUAAUCAUGGAGCCAUUUGUGAGAAAGAACGUGAAACAAACGAAUACAUAAGACAAAUGGAAAUAGAUAUUGACGAUGAAAUUGAAAGUGUUAAAAUAAAUUAUGAAAAAGAAUUGAACUUUUUAAAUGAUUAUGCAAAGCGGCUAACUUUGAAUGUGAGCACUCUUCGUAAACGUUAUAAUACGAUAAUUGAUCGAUUGGAAUCGCGAGAUGUCAAAAGAAAUGAUAUUGAAAGAGAAGUCCAAGAAUUAUACAAACGCCAAUCUGAAUCAAUAGAGAAACUUGAUCGUUUUCGUUCGAUUAUUAAAAAGAAAGAAGAUCGUAUAGGUGCGCAUGAUAUUAAAUUACAUCGUUUACAACAACAUAUAUUACAUGUUGAGAAAAGAAAAUAUGUUCUGGAUUAUAAAACAAAAUCCUUAUUAGAACGUAUUGAACCAAUCGACCAAGAAAUAAUACGAUUGAAAAAUAAUAAUCAAAAUAUGGAACAACAAUUAACAAUUCUUAAGCAACAACAAAAUGAUUUGAUUUUACGUGAAAAUGAAUAUGAAGUGAAACUUAAUGAAUCGUCUAAGCGAUUAAAUCUAGCAAAAAUAAAUCAUCGAUCGAUAUGGAAGAUAGUGCAACAACAGAAAGGUUUGAUAAAUGAUCAAAGACAAUCGGUAACAUAUGUUAUUCAUUUAGACACAAUAAAGAAAGCAUUUGAAUAUAUUGAAAUCAAUUGUGCACUUGAUACAACAAAUACAAGACAUAAUACAAAGGAACAAUUGAAAAAAUUCAUUCAAAAUAUGUGUAAUACGAUGCAAAAUGAGAAACAAACUGAAAAUCAAUUAGAGAUACAAGGUUUUAUGAAAGAAUGGAAUAAUCAACGAAAAUGGUUACUGAGUCAACUAAAUGCUCUCACUCAAUACACUGAAGAAAAUAAACAAUCAUUUGCAAAUAUUCAACGUGAACACCGCAAAAGUAUUGCGCCAUUCAUAAAUCAACUUCGUGAGUUGCAUAAUCUAUAUGACGAAAUUCGAAAGAAAAUUCGAAAACGUUUAUUAUCAUUAAAAAUCAAGACGAAUGAACAAGGAGAAUUUCUACAGAAUAUAUCAGAUAUACUGCACGGAAAUGAAAAAAUACAUUUGAGAGUUCAUCAAAUACAUCAAAAUGAAUUAUUGAUUGAAACUCAAGACAAAGAAAUGGAUCGUUUACAUUCAAUUAUAUUUCGUUAUCAAUAUUCAACGCCAUGUUUAGAAUUCCUUGAGAAAAAGUUAAUUCAUAGCAAUGAAAAUAGUACAACAAAAUCAACAAAUCCAUUAUCAUCUUUUAAACUACUGACUAAAUAA